AUGGCGGCGCUCGGCAGAGCACGGGGCUUACUUCGAGGAUUCUCUUGGUUGCAAAAUGUUCAAAGAAGCAAAAACAGGCUAGUUAAAUGUAGCACUAGGACUUUUUGCGGCGAUCCCCAAGACACUGUGCAAAACAAUGCAAAACCCCAGUUCACAGAUCCAGUUGUGCAGGACAUUCUCACCAGGAUAACGGGUCUGGACUUGCAGAAGGUUUUCCGACCACUUAAACAAGAACUGAAGCCGCCUGUAUACAAACUCAUGACUGAUGAACAGCUGGAGCAGGCGGUGAAGUUGGCCACACAGAAGGCUCAAAAUCUUUUGCAAAUGCCGCCUGUUUUACCUGAAAGGAAGCCCAUCAGUGAUGUACUGUCUGUGGACAAGAUUCUGGAAGGCAUGGACACAGCUAAAUAUGUUUUCACGGACAUUACUUACAACAUUCCACACAGGGAAAGGUUCAUAGUUGUCAGGGAGACAGACGGCACUCUGAGAAAAGCCACCUGGGAAGAAAGAGACCGGCUCAUUCAGGUGUACUUCCCUAAGGAUGGCCGGAAAAUCGCACCACCUCUUCUCUUCAAUGACGAGAACCUAAAGAUGGUGUUCUCGCAAGACCGUCAUGAGGAUGUAUUGGACCUUUGUCUGGUCCAAUUUGAACCUGACUCCUCACAGUAUAUCAAAGUGCAUGCUGCCACCUAUGAGGAUCUGGACAAACAUGGGAAAUAUGAGCUUCUUCAUUCUACCCGGCACUUUGGAGGAAUGGCUUGGUACCUAGUCAAUGCUCGCAGGAUUGAUGGCCUCAUUGUGGACAUGUUGAAAAAGGAAUUAGUGCAGGAUGCAGUAAGCCUUGUGUCCCUCUUCCACCUGGUCCACCCUCACAGCGAGUCGGCCCUGGAGGCUUCUAGACAUCAGGCCACAGAUACUGACCUUCUCAAGAUCUAUGCCCAGAAGGAAUCCCAGAGGUCUGGCUACAUCGAGUUGGCCUUGCAGGCAUAUGAACAGACUGUAUCAAACAGCACUGCUUAA